AUGGGAAAGUCACAGAGUAAGCUGUCCAGUGACCAGCUUCAAGAGUUGGUAAAAUCGACAUAUUUCGACAAGCGCGAACUUCAGCAGUGGUAUAAGGGUUUUGCAAAGGACUGCCCCUCCGGUGUUCUUACUAAGGUCGAGUUCCAAAAGAUCUACAAGCAGUUCUUUCCAUUUGGAGAUCCAUCAAGCUUCGCAGACUAUGUGUUCAACGUGUUUGAUGAGAACAAGAAUGGCUCGAUCGAUUUCAAGGAGUUUAUCUGCGCAUUAUCGGUAACCUCCCGCGGUCAACUCGACGAGAAGCUUGUAUGGGCUUUCCAGCUGUAUGAUAUCGACAACGACGGCUUCAUCUCGUACAAGGAGAUGCUCCAGAUUGUGCAGGCGAUCUACAAGAUGGUCGGCUCGAUGGUUAAGCUGCCUGAAGACGAAGAUACACCAGAAAAGAGAGUGAACAAGAUUUUUGCCCUAAUGGACAAGAACUCAGAUGGGAAGUUGACUAUGGAAGAGUUCCGGGAAGGAAGCAAGAAGGAUCCCACAAUUGUUCAGGCUCUCAGUCUAUACGAUGGUUUGGUGUAA